AUAAAAUGCAUGCACACUUAUGAUUCUCUUCUCAAUUUAAAAACAAACUCACAAGUAGUCACUCAAAACAUCUUUUUCAUUGUUAUAAAGGCCGACCAUGAUGGCCGAAACUCCUUUUCUUUGCAUUGUCACCCUUUGUACGCUAAUGUUCAUCCAGAUUUCAGCACGGCCUACGACAUUCGCUGAGGAUUUCAAAGCCGCAUGGUCAGAAUCUCACAUCCGUCAAGUCGACGGUGGAAAAGCUAUCCAACUUGUCCUUGAUCAGAGCACAGGAUGUGGAUUCUCUUCCAAAAGAAAGUAUCUAUUCGGAAAAGUGAGCAUGAAGAUCAAACUCAUUCCCGGCGACUCUGCCGGUACGGUCACCGCCUUCUACAUGAACUCGGAUACCGACACCGUGAGGGAUGAACUAGAUUUUGAGUUCUUGGGAAACCGAAGUGGCCAACCUUACUCGGUGCAAACAAACAUAUUUGCUCAUGGUAAAGGAGAUAGAGAACAAAGGGUUAAUCUUUGGUUCGAUCCAUCUUUGGAUUUCCACACUUACAGCAUCCUUUGGUCACACAAACACAUUGUUUUUUACGUGGACGAUGUACCAAUAAGAGAAUACAAAAACAACCAAGCCAAGAACAUAGCCUACCCAACAUCACAACCCAUGGGAGUUUACUCAACACUAUGGGAAGCCGAUGAUUGGGCGACACGUGGAGGAUUAGAGAAAAUUGAUUGGAGCAAAGCUCCUUUUUAUGCUUAUUACAAAGAUUUCGACAUCGAAGGCUGUCCUGUUCCUGGACCCACCAAUUGUCCAUCGAACCCUCACAAUUGGUGGGAAGGCUACGCUUAUCAGUCACUUAACGCCGUGGAAGCUCGACGUUACCGUUGGGUUAGAGUAAACCAUAUGGUAUAUGAUUAUUGUACCGACAAGUCAAGGUAUCCUGUCCCACCAGUCGAGUGUCAUGCUUGAAAUAAUACCAUGUACAAGACGUACGUACAAUGAUCAUGUUUCUUCUUGUACGUAUAUAUAAUUGCGAGAAAAUUUGGAUUGUAAUGUCUUUUUAUGCAAUUGUGCACAUACGCAAGUACGUGGUGUGCAUAAAUAUAAUGGUUAAUGUAUGUGGUUAUUUGAAAUAUAAAAUGUUAUAUUAUGCAAUGUUUUGAAAACAA